AUGUCGGACGCGGAAUUUGAGCAGAUUCGGAAGCUCCAGGCGGAGCGCAAUGCCGCUGCCGCUGCGAAGAAGGGGUCGCGCACGUUUGAUCCCUCCACCCAGCGAGCCGACACAACGAAGGCCAAGUUGACCGAGGCUUGGGACACGGACAUCUACGACCGCGAGACUGAAGACAAGUAUGCUGGCUAUCACAGGACUCUGCCCGCCGCAAACGGUGAUGAAGAUGAAGACAUGCUUGAUGCCGACAAUACGCGACGCCUAGUCGGUCAAUACACAGCCACUCGCGCGCAAAUUGACGAAUUCGCCCACGGCGCUGGAGUUGAAGAAGAUGAUCGACUCGCUGGACGUGGUGAGCGCAGCACGCGCAUCGUGGACCGCGAGACCGACUAUCAAAAGCGUCGCUUCAACCGCACCCUGGAGCCAACACGUGCUGAUCCUUUUGCUAAUUCGCAGGGCGGGGCUCAAGAAGGCGCUACCUAUCGAGAGAUCAUGGAACGUCGUGAACUUGAGCGCGAAGAGGAACGUGUUCGUCAGGCUAUCGCCCAGAAGAUGAAAGAAGGUCAGACGGAAGAGCAUAAGCCGCUCCUGAAAGAUUCUACCGAGGCAGAGAAGGACAAGGAGACGGAGAAGGAGAAAGACGAGAACGACAAAAACAAGUCAGAGACAUCCGCCGAUUCUGCCACUACUGGCCGCAAGCGGAAGAGCAGGUGGGAUGUCAGUUCAACCGACACCACUGAUCAAACUGCCGCGCCGGCCGAGCCCAAGAAGAAGUCCCGCUGGGAUCAAGCUCCUGCUGUCCCUGUGCCCGGCGCAGAGCAACCGAAAAAGAAGUCAAGAUGGGAUCAGGCACCAGCUGCUACCCCUAUCGGAAAUGUUGGUCUUGCAACUCCGAUGCAUCCAUCCCAGGGCGCAGCAUUUGACCUGUCAGCAAGGAACAGGUAUCUGACCGACGAGGAACUUGAUGCAAUGCUUCCUGGUCCUGAGGAAGGUUACAAAAUCGUUGAGCCUCCUCCUGGCUAUGUGCCUGUCAGGCCAGCCCAUAAGCUUGUCACCGCCCCUCCGGUGGCGACGGGCUUUACAAUGCAGGACCCUUCCAGCAGCCGCCUGUCCCAGCCGAUGCCUAAAGAGAUUCCAGGUGUCGGUGAUCUAGCGUUUUUCAAGCCUGAAGACAUGGCCUACUUUGGUAAGUUGGCUGACGGAGCCAACGAAGAUGAGUUGAGCGUGGAGGAGCUCAAGGAGAGAAAGAUUAUGCGCCUGCUCCUGAAGGUCAAGAAUGGCACUCCUCCUAUGAGAAAGACUGCCCUCAGACAGCUUACAGACAAUGCCCGUAACUUUGGGGCUGGUCCUCUCUUCAACCAGAUCCUCCCGCUUCUCAUGGAGAAAAGUUUGGAGGAUCAGGAGCGCCAUCUGCUUGUGAAGGUCAUUGACCGUAUCCUUUACAAGCUCGACGAUAUGGUUCGGCCAUAUGUUCACAAGAUCCUGGUCGUUAUUGAGCCUUUGCUCAUUGACCAGGACUACUACGCCCGCAUGGAAGGUCGCGAGAUCAUUUCUAACCUCGCCAAGGCUGCCGGGUUGGCAACCAUGAUCAGUGUCAUGCGGCCCGAUAUCGACCACGUAGACGAGUACGUGAGAAACACCACCGCGAGAGCGUUCGCCGUUGUUGCUUCUGCCCUUGGUAUUCCUGCCCUCCUCCCAUUUCUGAGGGCUGUCUGCCGGAGCAAGAAGUCCUGGCAAGCCCGCCACACCGGAGUUAAAAUUGUGCAACAGAUCCCCAUUCUGAUGGGUUGCGCCGUUCUACCGCAUCUUAAGCAACUGGUCGAGUGCAUCGCGCCCAAUCUGAACGAUGAACAGGUCAAGGUACGGACAGUGACCGCUUUGGCCAUUGCCGCCUUGGCCGAAGCGUCGAAUCCCUAUGGUAUUGAGAGCUUUGAUGAAAUCCUCAACCCAUUGUGGACUGGCGCCCGGAAGCAGCGAGGCAAAGGCCUGGCUGCCUUCCUGAAAGCUGUCGGCUACAUCAUUCCUCUGAUGGACGAAGACUAUGCCAACUACUAUACCAGAGAUGAAAAGGUUGUGCUUAAGGUGAUCUCCCAGUGCGCCCAGACAGACGGCGUUACUGCCGGUUAUCUGAAGGAGCAUGUCUUGGACGGCUUUUUCAAGAACUUCUGGGUGCGCCGUAUGGCCCUCGACAAGCGUAACUACCGUCAGGUUGUCGAGACGACUGUGGACAUUGGCCAGAAGGUUGGUGUCAGCGAAAUCCUUGAGCGCAUCGUUGGUAAUUUGAAAGACGAGAGCGAGGCAUAUCGCAAGAUGACUGUUGAGACAGUUGAGAAGUUGGUCGCUUCUCUUGGUGCCGCUGAUAUCGGCGAGCGGCUCGAAGAGCGUCUGAUUGAUGGUAUCCUGCAUGCCUUCCAAGAGCAGACGGUCGAGGAUAUCGUGAUGCUAAAUGGCUUUGGCUCCGUUGUUAACGCUCUUGGCACUCGCUGCAAGCCAUAUCUCCCUCAGAUCGUCAGCACUAUCCUCUGGCGUUUGAAUAACAAGUCGCCUACUGUGCGUCAGCAAGCCGCCGAUCUCGUCUCCCGCAUUGCCAUGGUCAUGAAGCAGUGCGGUGAAGACGCCCUGAUGGGCAAGCUAGGCGUUGUCCUUUACGAGUACCUGGGUGAGGAGUAUCCAGAGGUUCUGGGUUCUAUCCUCGGUGCUUUGCGGUCAAUCGUCACCGUGGUUGGCAUCAACCAGAUGCAACCACCAAUCAAAGACCUGCUCCCCCGCCUGACUCCCAUCCUUCGCAACCGCCACGAGAAGGUUCAGGAAAAUACUAUCGAUCUCGUCGGCCGUAUUGCCGACCGUGGGCCAGAGAGCGUCAAUGCACGCGAGUGGAUGCGUAUCUGCUUCGAGUUGCUUGACAUGCUCAAGGCCCACAAGAAGGGUAUUCGCCGCGCUGCCAACAACACCUUCGGCUUCAUUGCCAAGGCUAUUGGUCCACAGGAUGUCCUCGCAACGCUCCUUAACAAUCUGCGUGUUCAGGAACGCCAGUCGCGUGUCAACACCGCCGUCGCUAUCGGCAUCGUUGCUGAGACCUGUGCUCCCUUCACCGUCCUCCCUGCUCUCAUGAACGAGUAUCGCGUACCCGAGCUGAAUGUCCAAAACGGUGUGCUCAAGUCUCUCUCCUUCCUCUUUGAAUACAUAGGUGAGAUGGCCAAGGAUUACGUCUAUGCUGUCACCCCGCUGCUCGAAGACGCGCUUAUCGACCGCGACCAAGUUCAUCGUCAGACCGCCGCGUCGGUCGUCAAGCAUAUUGCCCUGGGUGUCGUUGGCUUGGGCUGCGAGGACGCCAUGAUCCAUCUCCUUAACUUGCUCUACCCGAACUUGUUUGAGACCAGCCCGCACGUCAUCGACCGUAUCAUUGAGGCUAUUGAGGCUAUCCGCAUGGCGGUCGGCCCUGGCUUGGUACUCAACUACGUCUGGGCUGGCCUUUUUCACCCAGCUAGGAAGGUCCGCACGCCUUACUGGAGGCUGUAUAAUGAUGCCUAUGUGCAGUGUGCAGAUGCAAUGGUGCCAUACUACCCUAAUUUGGAGGAGGACAAGAUCGAUAGAACAGAGUUGGCGAUCGUGCUAUAA